CUUAAUUUAGACCUUAAACACUGAUAUCUUACCAGAUUAAGAAGAAGUGCCUGAGAAUGAAAAACCCGUGUGGCAAAUGAUAACUCCAAACAGAAGAGGAAAUGCUUCAAUAAUAUUCGGUUACCACCUAACAUGGUUAUCUAUGGACCAUGUUGCUUUCGCCGACGACGUCGAGUAAACUACACUAUGGUUAUUAUUGAUGCGGACACCGGAUAUGUCAUUGUUUGUUGAAAUAGCCAAUCCCUGUUGUUUUUAGCAAGAAAUGGCAUUACCUUUUGCCAGGAUGAGUGAACAGCUUAAAUCAUGUUACUGCUUCCGAAAGGGAGCCCCAUACUGGUAAAUCAAUUCUGCAGUUGUCUUUUUGUACUGUCUGCACGCCUCUGGAAGUGCACUGGGUAGUUGGUAUCAUGUGGCCAUGGCUGUGUGAAGGUUAUCAUUUUGCGGUCACACCAUUAUAGGACUCCAGACCAAUAAUCUCGCUUUAUCUUACACAUGUUCUCUCCAGAAUCCAAUGGCAAAACAGAUAACUCCACAUUUACAAAACACUCAAAGCCCCAAAUUAUUCCCACUAUCUUUCUCUCCCAUUCCUUUAGGCGAUUCAAGAUUAAAAAGAAAAAAGGUAGUUAUAGAAUCGCAUCAAAUUCCAGAUCUGCUCCAGAGACAAAUUUAAGAAAUUUUCGAGAAAAUUAGGAAUCUAAUCGAGCACUUUUAGAGAGGGAAGGGAGAGGUUGGUUUGAGUAUGGAGGGGAAGCUGAUAGAGAGGUUGGAGGCCGCCGUGGCGAGGCUGGAGGCUCUAUCGGCUGCUGGAGUCUCGUCGAGGGGAUUGCCGGAUAGCGGUGUUGAGGUGGCUUCAGAUCCGUCGAUUGUGGCGUUUGACGAUCUGAUGGCUCAACAUGUGGCUAGGGUUUCGGAUGCUGCGGAGAAGAUCGGAGGUCAAGUGCUGGAUGUGACUAAGAUUAUUGUGGAGGCUUUCUCCGUGCAAAAGAAGCUACUUAUCGAGAUUAAGCAAACUGAGAAACCUGAUAUGGCAGGCAUGGCUGAAUUUCUCAAACCACUUAAUGAAGUGAUCACGAAGGCUAAUGCUAUAACAGAAGGGAGGCGAUCUGAUUUUUUAAACCACUUGAAGAGUGCUGGGGACAGUCUUUCAGCUUUAGCAUGGAUUGCUUACACUGGCAAAGAUUGUGGUAUGAGCAUGCCUAUUGCACAUGUGGAAGAAAGUUGGCAAUCGGCUGAAUUUUACAGCAACAAGGUUCUUGUAGAGUUCAGAAACAAAGAUCCAAACCAUGUUGAGUGGGCAAAAGCUUUGAAGGAGCUUUAUUUACCAGGUCUGAGGGAUUAUGUCAAAAGUCAUUAUCCUCUUGGUCCAGUGUGGAGUGCUUCUGGUAAAAGGGCAUCUAGUGCUGCAACGAAAACUCCUACAACUGGUGCUCCAGCGGCUCCUCCUCCUCCUCCACCUGCUUCACUUUGCAGCUCGGAACCUUCUCAACCUUCUUCAUCACGUCCUAAACAAGGGAUGGCAGCUGUUUUCCAAGAAAUCAAUACUGGGAAUGUCACUGCUGGCCUGAAGAAGGUUUCUACUGAUAUGAAGACAAAGAACCGUACAGAUAGAACAGGCAUUGUUAGUGCCGGUGAAAAGGAAACACAUUCCAGCUCAUCUUCUUCCUCAAAAGCAAGACCACCGAAACUAGAGCUGCAAAUGGGUCGUAAGUGGGUUGUUGAGGACCAAUUUGGAAGAAAGAACUUAGUUAUUGAUGACUGUGAUGCCAAACAGUCUGUAUAUGUUUUUGGAUGCAAAGAUUCUGUUUUGCAGAUUCAGGGGAAAGUCAACAAUAUAACAAUUGACAAAUGCACUAAGAUGGGAGUGGUAUUUAAGGACGUUGUGGCUGCUUGUGAAAUAGUAAACUGCAAUGGUGUUGAGGUGCAAUGUCAGGGUUUUGCUCCAACUAUUUCAGUGGACAACACAUCAGGCUGUCAGUUAUACUUAAGCAAAGAUUCUUUGGGGGCAUCUAUAACAACGGCAAAGUCAAGUGAGAUCAAUGUAUUAGUACCUGCCGCUAAGUCUGAUGGUGACUGGGGGGAGCACGCUUUGCCGCAACAGUAUAUCCAUGCAUUUAAGGAUGGACAUCUUGAAACUGCUCCAGUCUCCCACUCAGGAGGUUAAUUGAGUCUUCCUUUAAGCUACAGCUGAGGGUGGCUUUGAUUUCUUUUAUACCCUUGAUUCAAUCGCUGUCUGUUUUUUAUUCCUUCAGUUUUCUCAAACUGUUUGAAUCUCUUCCAUGAUCUUUUUUUUUUUUUGAUGAGUUUGAGCUUUUUGCAACUUUUAUGUUGUAAUUGGAACUUUAAUUUUA